AUGGAGAGUGUAAGUACUACAGAGAACGAUGAGCAAGGGGCCACUGCAACCGAGGCUCCAGACGCCAAUCAAUCGAAGGAGUCCCGACUCGAGAAGGGCCAAGUUCAGCGAGGGGGACAAGAGGAGUGGAAAAUAUCAAGACACGAACUAUUCAUCAUACUUGCUUUGACACUAAUAAAUAUGGUUGUUGCGCUGGACGCAUCGGUAAUAGUGACGGCUCUGAAUUCCAUCAUAAGCGAUAUAGGCGGCACCACGACUCAAGGAUUUUGGAUUGGGACCUCAUACCUUCUUGCAUCGACAGUUGUUAUGCCACCGAUGGCAAGCUUCAGCGAGAUCUUUGGCCGUCCCGUGUGCCUCAUGGUUUCUUUGGCCUUUUUCUCCAUUGGAAGUAUCCUAUGCUGUGUGGCAGGUAACAUUAACACUCUCCUUGGCGGAAGAGCAGUGCAGGGCGUCGGGGGUGGAGGUAUUUGGGUUGUGUCACUCCUUCUCCUUACCGACAUCGUGCCUUUACGACAUCGACCCAAGUGGUGGUCCGUAAUAUCGCUCGGCUGGGCUGUGGGUCUAGUUAUUGGGCCUCUGAUAGGAGGUGCGAUUGGAGAGAACACAACCUGGCGUUGGGUAUUUUACCUGAACUUUCCAUUUUGUGGGUUUGGCUUGGUCAUCACCCCUAUACUGCUUACCAUCAAGCCAAGGAUCGAGACCACCCGGGAGAAGCUAGCUAGGGUGGACUGGGUAGGAGGAGUUUUGUUUACGGCAUCGUUGACCGUGUUUCUUUUCGCCUUGACGGCCGCCGGCGUACAAUUUCCUUGGAAUAGUGCUGCAGCACUUGCACCUCUCAUUCUCGGCCUCCUUGGACUUGUCUCGACGGCACUCUGGGAGGAAUACGGCGCAACUGAGCCAAUGCUCAAGAGGUCUCUCUUCCAUAAUUGGAGUUCAAUAACGACCUACUUCGGAGGAUUCGUCCAAGGGUUGGUCAUGUAUGGCCAGCUCUAUUAUGUACCCUUCUUUGCGCUGGCUGUGAAGCAGGUUUCCAUGGUGAGAGCAGGUGUUAUCCUUCUCCCCGUGAUGCUCAUACUCAUUCCGAGCGGUGCUGCGGCUGGUGCGAUUAUCAGUCGACUGAACAAUUAUCGACACAUAUUAUGGAUCGGGUGGUUUCUGGCCACGCUGUCGAGCGGACUUCAACUUCUCUGGACAGUAUCGGUCUCGGAUGCCGUAUGGUUUGUCACCCUGGUUAUCCUGGGGGUUGGUCAUGGUUUCGUGCUGAAUGCGCAGACUUUUGCUUGCCAGGCGUUGGCGAAGCCGGGUGAUAUUGCCGCUGCAGCGGCGACAUACGGCUUCGCGAGGCAAUUUGGCACUGCCGUUGGUGUGGCGGUAGGGAGUACGACUUUUCAGAACGUAAUGGCAAUGAAGCUGAGAUGGGAAGGUAUUCCAGUCGAUUAUGCUUAUGAUGCCCAAGCGUACGUCCCCCAGUUGAAACAAAUGUCUGAUGACAACCCUCAAAAGUCUCGAAUCAUAGACGCAUACGUGUUUGGGUUUCUAGGGGUAUGGCAGGUUUACCUCAGCAUAUCAGGAAUCAUGUUCUUCUUGAGUUUCCUAAUUACGCCGUCAAACUUGGACAGAGCGAAUGAGUCAGAGCAUAAACUGGUGGCCAGUCGCUUGCUUGUAUUUGCGGGAAGAUCGAAGAAAGUUAUUGUUUAA